AUGCUCCUCAGGAUGCUAGAGGAGGCUUCUGUGCUGCUGUGGGCAUCCUUGCUGGUCCUCGCAGCUCCAGUCAGUGGACCACUUGCUGCUGUACACAAAUCCGUGAUUUCCGUCCAGCCUCCGUGGACCACUGUCUUCCGUGGAGAGAGAGUGAAUCUGACUUGUAGUGGAUUUCACUUCUAUGCACAAGAGAAAUUACAAGGCUACCGUUGGUUCUCUGGGAAAGCACGUCCACGUGAAACUCCAGGAAAUACCCUUGAGGUUCGUGAUUCUGGACAGUACAGGUGCCAGGCCCCAGGCUCACUCCCAAGUAACCCCGUGCACUUGAUCUUUUCUUCAGCCUCCCUCAUCCUCCAGGUGCCAUAUUCUGUGUUUGAAGGUGAUGAGCUGGUUCUGAGAUGCCAGAAAAGGGGGAGAGAGAAACUGGCUGUUGUGAAGUAUACUUGGAAUCGAAAAAUUAUUUCUGGUACUGAUGAAAGCUUUGAUCUUUUGAUACCAAAAGCAAGUUUAAAUAACAGUGGCUGUUACCAGUGCAUUGGAUUCUUGGAAAAUGCUUAUGUAUUGAAAACAAGUCAGACAAAUAUUCAAAUUCAAGAAUUAUUUUCACGUCCGAAGCUGGAAGUCACAGAUUCCCAGCCUAUAGAGGGGAAGCCUGUAAACCUGAGCUGCGGGACACAGCUCCCGCUGGAGCGGCCGGACACUCGGCUUCACUUUGCCUUCUUCAGAGACAACGGGGUCAUGAUCUCAAACCGGAGUGUGUCCCCGGACCUCCAGAUCACAGCCAUUUGGAGAGAAGACUCAGGAUCAUACUGGUGUGGUGCUGAAACAGUGACUGGUGGCAUCCACAAACGCAGCCUCCCACUUCAGAUUGACGUGCAGAGAAUCCCUGUGUCUGGAGUGCUCCUGGAGACCCAGCCCCAAGAAGACCAGGUGGUUGACGGGGAGACGCUGGUCCUUGUCUGCUCUGUGGCCAAAGGCACUGGGAACACCACGUUCUCUUGGCACAGAGAGGACACGAGGGAGAGUCUGGGGCAGAAAAGCCAGCGCUCCCAGAAGGCAGAGCUGGAGAUCCCUGUUAUCGGGGAGAGCCAUGCCGGGCACUACUACUGCACAGCUGACAACGGCUACGGCCUCAUCCAGAGCCAGGCAGUGAACGUCACUGUGAGAAGCAUCCCAGGGAUUAAAAGAAGCCUUGUUGCGGGAGGAACCACUGGGGGAUCACUCAGCAUUCUCCUGGCUGUGGCCCUGCUGUUUUACUGCUGGCACCAGAGGAAACAGGACAUGUCCUUGAGUCAAAGCUUGGGACCAGCAUCUCGUAUUCCAAUGGCUCCGCUCUCUACAGGAGACGGCUUUCAGGGAGACAUAAUCAGGAGACCCCUGACCGUAGGCCCACCAGGAUCCUUCAACCGCAUGUGCCCUGCCCCUGUGGAGCUGCAGCAGUUGUACAUCAAUGUGCAUCCCAGAGAAAGAGACUUGGUAUAUUCUGAGAUCCAGAUUACUCAGCCUGGGGCAGAAGGGGAAGCCAAUACCUUCAGAACAUCUCUAGAGAACCAGCAUGUCUCAAUUGUCUACUCUGAAGUGAAGACACAGCUCUGA